AUGCAAUCAGCCUGUCAAUCGUUCGCCCGCAUUUCCCACUUCAAGAAAACAAAGGCAUCCUAUCCUAUCCUGCCCCUGUCCGUUUCUUGCCUCAACUACGGAACCCAUCCGUCUCACCUACUCCUCCUUCCACCCUGGUUGCUGCACACUCCGACGGCCUAUGCCAUAAGCACUUCCGCUGUCCACCACAUCGUGAAAAGUACCUCUGCGCCGGCACUUGCACCACGGUACUAUGGUCUGGCUACCAGUACCAUGUCACGCUCCCGGGGCCUCGCCAUCCUCCAAAAGACGUAUGACGACAGCUACUUGAAAUGCUCCACUGCUGUAUACUACGAAAGCCAGGGUGACGAAAGCGAGGCGAUGCGAUGCUGGAAAAAUGCUCUCGACCAGCUCAACGACCAACGCAUCACCAAAGUUUUGCCCAACUACGUAGCCGGCACCGAGACCGAGGAGGCUCUAAUAGACUCCCUACGCAAGCUAGAACUGCAAUGCAAGGAGCGCAUUGACCUGCUUGAAGCGUUACGGAUAUCCCGUCAGGACGCCUUAACUCUUCAAGACUCGAAUUUGCCUGCACCGAUCCUCUCCACCUGCACCGAACCUGAUCUAUCCAACAUGACCACUCCAGAGCGAGGUUGGAUUGGCCAGGGCACGAUUCCAGCCAUACGAUACCCCGAACUGUCGCGACCUGCUCUACCCAAACGCCCGUCGCUGCCCUACAGAACAUCGUCCGAGCAGGCGGUUGUCGGCCGCGAUCAGAGCCCUGCGAGUGCCUCUCCCUUUGUCAGCUCAUCAGACUCGCCCCGCAUAGCCAGAAAUAAGGAUUCAACUAUGAGAUCUCCUAGUCCUGAAAAGUACACCAUGCGGACAACGCUACGGAGUGGGAAAUCCGGGGAGAAGGCGGCAAAGACCACACGCAAGCUGUCAAAGACCGACGGGCCCGGGGCGAGCAAGGCCGCCACACUAGCUUGGAGUGCUCUAGGUUCCAGAGAACGGCUAGCUCGGGCAUCUCCCAUGAUGCCUGAACCUUCAUUGUCUACUCCUGCUACACCCUCUGAGCAGUUCCGCAAAUCGGCCCCUUCCUCUGGCACGCAGUGGGACGCUCACACCAGGAGGCUUGUCACACCUCGAAGCAUUGCCUCGCCCCUUUCUGACGUUGUAGGUAGCUCAAGAACAUCCGACGAGUUUGCACACAACCGGCCAUCAGCUUUGUCCGUGAGCGCCGCAUCAAGCGCGUUAAGUGCUGUGUCUGUUCAAGAUAUAUCUCCUAUCGAGCACGGCACGCUGAAACAUGAACGACUAUGGCGCCCACGGGAUCAAACACCGUCACUCUCACGAGCCAGGAUAUCGCCACAUGAGCGCACUCCUUCUUCCGAUAUUGAUGACUUUGGAAUACGACGCAAACGCACGCCUGAUGGAACCAAAAUCCGGAGGAAGCCUGUCGCUGAUGCUUCCGUUCGACUCAAUGGUAACUUGACGAGCGGCUCAGAACCGGAGAAAGUGGCUCAAUCACGACGUGGCGCCCAGCGGCCUAGGAGACCUUCGUCGUCUAGCUGCUCGGACCGUACAAAAGCGACCCUCAAAGCAUCAAAUAAGGGAAGCAAGGGCAAGCAGAAGGAAGACGCUGUAGUGGCGGAUGCUGAUGCAACCUCUUCCGAAGAAUCUGCCGAGUGUGACGACGAGGGUUCUUCGGCCAAGGUGAAGGUGGCCUGGAAAGCAAAGAAGAAAAAGAUUAUGAAGAACUUGCCAUCCGGUGUGGAUGAGACUGCCGCGAAGCAAAUCCUCAACGAAAUCGUUGUUGAAGGUGACGAAGUUCGUUGGAGUGAUGUUGCUGGCCUGGAGAUCGCAAAGAACGCACUGCGAGAAAACGUCGUUUACCCCUUUCUGCGUCCCGACCUGUUCAUGGGACUUCGCGAGCCCGCGAGGGGUAUGCUGCUCUUCGGUCCACCAGGUACCGGCAAGACUAUGCUAGCUCGUGCCGUAGCCACGGAGUCACAUUCAACCUUUUUCUCGAUAUCAGCAAGCAGUUUGACGAGCAAGUAUCUCGGCGAAUCAGAGAAACUCGUCAGAGCGCUGUUUGCCCUAGCAAAGACCCUUGCUCCGAGUAUCAUCUUUGUGGACGAAAUUGAUUCGUUACUUUCGCAAAGAUCUGGAUCCGGAGAGCACGAAGCGACAAGAAGGAUCAAGACCGAGUUCCUCAUACAAUGGAGUGACCUACAACGAGCUGCGGCCGGCAGGGCAACUGAUGAAAAGGACAGAAACAAGGGAGAUCCGAACCGAGUGCUCGUUUUGGCGGCAACCAAUCUCCCGUGGGCAAUCGAUGAAGCUGCUCGCCGAAGGUUCGUGAGGCGUCAGUACAUACCGCUCCCCGAGCCCAAGACUCGCGCAACACAACUUCGGACGCUCUUGGGUCAGCAGAAGCACAGCUUGUCUGAUUCAGAUAUUGACCAGCUUGUUCUACUUACUGACGGUGGGUUUCCUGUGUGGUGUGGUUGGCCAGAGCCCAACGACUAA